GCCUCCUUGGAGGGUGGGGGAGAGAUGGACCCCAAAGGGAGCCAAGCAGCUUGAGGGGCACCUCGGGAACCCUGGAAGGGACUCUCCCAGGGCGAUGGAGAACCUCACGUUCCUGCCGUACGCCGUGAUGAUGAAUGCCAGCGCCAACUCCUCGGAGGCCGACUGCGGUGAGGAGGAGCACCCUUACAAGUGCAAGUUCAACGAGGACUUCAAGUACAUCCUCCUGCCCGUCUCCUACAGCAUCGUCUUCGUGGUGGGCCUCACCCUCAACCUACUUGCCCUCUACGUCUUCCUCUUCCGCAUCAAGACCUGGAACGCCUCCACCACCUACAUGUUCAACCUGGCCGUGUCCGACUUGCUUUACGUCAUCUCCUUGCCCUUGCUGGUCUACUACUACGCCAUGGAGGACAACUGGCCCUUCAGCGUGGGCUUAUGCAAGAUUACCCGCUUCCUUUUCUACACCAACCUGUACUGCAGCAUCCUCUUCCUCCUCUGCAUCAGCGCCCACCGUUUCAUGGGCGUCUGCCUCCCUCUCCGGUCCCUGGAAUGGGGCCAGGUACGCUACGCCCGUUGGGUCUCCGCUGCCGUGUGGUUGGUGGUGAUCUCCUGCCAGUCGCCGGUCCUCUUCUUCGUCACCACCAGCCAGAGGUGCAACAGCAUCACCUGCCACGACACGUCCGCCAAGGAGCUCUUUGACCAGUUCCUCAUCUACAGUUCAGUGAUGCUGGUCCUCCUCUUCUGCAUCCCUUUCCUUCUCCUCAUCGUCUGCUACUGCAUGAUGGCCCGCAAGCUUCUCCAGCCCACGCGAGGAAUCUCCCGCAUGUCCAGCUCCAAGAAGAAGUCCGUGAAGAUGAUCCUCAUCGUCAUGUUGGUCUUUAUCAUCUGCUUCCUACCUUUCCACAUCACCCGGACUCUCUAUUACUCCUUCCGCAGCUGGGACCUCAGCUGUCCCACGCUGGACGCCAUCAACCUGGCUUACAAACUCUGCCGCCCUCUGGCCAGUACCAACAGCUGCCUGGACCCCAUCCUGUACUUUUUGGCGGGGCAAAAGUUUGUCAAAUUUGCUUGUCCCCAAACCGCAGCGAAAAAUGGCACCCAGUCGGGGACGACCAGCGUUCCCCAUUGCAACUUCCGGGGACGAGAUCAACUAGCCAUGAAAACCAAAACCACGGUAUCGUAGCCAAGUCUCGUUUCGAACGUUGCCUGCCACCGGGAAAGCCUUCUUCUGAAAUUCUGCAAAGGCGUUUUCCACCAGAGUUGGUUUCGUUUAGUUUAUUGUCAUUUGCACACACCGUACGAUGAAAUUAAACACCAUCUUCGGUGUAGUACGCGGUAGAAGGCAAUAGAGUUACU